AUGGAUGACCAUGAUGGAGUAACCAUGCCCCUUCCAGUGUUUCCACCCCACUCCAACAGCAAAGAGAGUGCCAUCAGACCCCCGGAGAUAAACCCCAAUAGGGUUUGCAACCAGAACACCCCCAAGAAUGAUCUAAGAGUCACGGAACAUCGGAGCAGCAGAUGUGGCUCCGAUGGGAUAGAUGGUGUAAACCUCACUGGGUUUGCUGGUAUACUGGUUACAGAGGUUGCUGCUUCCAGAGGGAGGAUCAUAAUAAACAACCUGGCCUGCUGUACGGAAAACUCCACAGGUCUUCAGCAACAGAGCUUCAGAUACGUGGACAGGUCUUCUCCAGCAGUGACCCAUUUUUCAGUCCCAGAGGAUCAUCACAUCUGUCUGUUAUGUGAUGGCUCAUUCAGCUCAGAUGUUGUCUGGACUCUUCAGGACAGGAACGUACUUGUUACCCGGCAGGGCAGCUACCAGACCAACCAGGACCGCCAGCGCUACCUUCUGCUGACUGAUGGCAGCCUCUGUCUGCUAAAGCUGUAUGACUCCGACAGAGGAGAGUACCGCUGCAACCAGAAGCUCGUGGCUGAACUGCAAGUGCUCUCAGGCCAUGACUUCAAAGUGUCUGCAGGCCGGACACUGCUGCUCCCCUGCAGCGGCUCCUCCAGACCCAAACAGAGGUGGUUUCGACAGAGAGAAGGAGAGAAGCGAGAGGCCAUUUUCACCCUCUUUAGAAAUGGUACAGAGAAACAGGAGAUAGACAGGAGUCAACUCAGCUACACCAAUAAUGCUCUGCAGAUCCAGAACCUGCAGCCAGAGGAUGCUGGAGAGUAUUUAUGCAACGGAGUGCUGCAGGCCAAAGUUACUGUCCUCACAGUGCAACCAGAUGCAACCAGCAUCGCAUCAUCCACCAAUACAACGCCAGUGUCUGCUGUGACAAAGACAGAUGUGGAUGAAAUAAAGAACGAGACAAAGAACAGGCCUGAAAAUGCUCUGCUGCUGAUCGCUGUUGUCGGUUUGGGGUUGAUAAUCAUCCUCAUGGCUGUUGUUUGCGCUUUACUCACAAGCAUGAAGUGUAAGAGGAAGAGGAAACACAAAUAUGCAGCAGUACUGAGACAUGAAGACACAGAGAUGCAGGUGUGGAGGACGUCCAGCACACAAAAUGAGGCGAUUGAGAGUCCACCCCUGGAGGAAGAAACAAUCCACUAUGCCUCUUUGGGCCGACAGAACUGGAGGGAGAGACCCAACUGGUCCCCACCUGAUCAGAGCCCUCUCAGUGUUAUUUAUUCCUCUGUCAUCGCUAGAACUGCAGCCAGAAACUAAUCCCCUGAAUCUAUUUUAGUGCUGUUGACAUCGCCUUUGUUAGUUAACAUAUUUACUUGGAGGACCGAAACUGCUAAAAUUAAAAUAAAUACAGAAACAUAAAAAUGAUUCAAUAAAAAAUUUAUGUCAAUAAAAUUAUACAAAAACAUUUUUAAAAUGUUUUUUUUCCCAUUAAGAAAUGUUGCAGAGGACCCAAUUACCCCUAUUAACCAGGUGGUCAAGGAGUUGCAGGAAAUAAAGACCAUCUGGAC